UUUAUCUAUUGUUCAAUGCGCGCACAUACAAUGAUGGAGGAAAUCACCGAAGGUAUCGAUAACAUUGAACUAAUCUUGAAUGAGGAGGGGCCGCCCAUAGAGAUAAACAAUAAACCUCCCGUUAACUCGAACGCCGUGCAUGCGAAUGAAUUGUCGGCGCAUAAUUUCACCAAACAAGGGGACGAAGUGGACGACGUGGUCGAUGUAGAUGCGGAUGAUGAUGCCGAUACGUUGAGCGCAAAUAACACAAGCAGUUCUCUAGGUGGAAAUACAGCAGAAAAUGCCACCAAUAGCCGCAACAACACAGCCAGCGUAUACUCGGGGCAUUUGUCAGUGUCGUCGUCAUCAUCUGUUAUGUCUACGUCGUUGCACAAUGGGCCGCAUAUGAAAACAAAUCAAAGUGAGCAUGCCAGCGUAAACGUGAUGGCACGCCGACCUAGUUGUGAUGCGCCGCCCCAACAGCAACAACCACAGCAACAGCAACCUGUCGCCGCACAGCAAACGCAUAGCGCCAUCUAUGCAUCACAAUCCCAUGCACAACUCAUUGGCGGCAGUCCGGCACGUCGCAGCCCAUUCAACUUUAACGCCAUGCAAUACACCAGUCCCAGCGUGUUGGAACGCCGUAAUUCGAGCGGAUACAGUACUGGCGCACAACGUUCCUCGAUGACAACCCCGGAUAGCGGCAUCAGCCAAACGCAAUCAUCUCAUUCGUGUACGCCUGGUCCCUACAGUCCGCAUCGGACCAUCUCGACACCCAUACCAGCCAAAACGUACUGUGACAAGUCGGUCAAUUCUUCGCCGAAACGCAUGCGCUCAGCACUGACCUCGCCAAUUGAACCCUUUGCGGCGAAUGCUGGACGAGAGCAUGCGCUCAAGCAGGAAAUCGAGCAGUUGCAGGAGAAAUUAAAAGAUACCGAGGAGCGCUUAAAAUCGUUGCGUAUACAACACGAUUCCCUAUCACAGUUACAUCGCGAUUUGCGUGAAAGCAAUACCAAACUACAAGAGGAGUCUGAAAUACUUAAGUUGGAUGUACAACAUCUGAACGAAUGUGCCAACAUAUUGCGUACCGAGUUGCAAACGGCGCGUGCGGAUCGCAAUGAAGCGCUUGAGUUGCAAAAGUCAUUGCAGAGUGAGUUGGAUGAAAGUCGCCAGGAGAAGAAGCGCACGCAAGAGCUGAAGGACAAAGAUGCCAAAACAAUACAAGAUCUGCAGCGGCAAUGCCGUGAAAUGGAGCGCAUACUGAUGCGCAAGCACCCAGACUCGGUGUCGGCGUUAAUUGUCGCUUCCAAAAACCCCGGGAAAUGCGCAAAUAAUGACCAAGAGAAUAUGAACAGUCGAAAACUCUUGGAGCAGCGUAUUGCGCAACUGGAAUCAGACGCCAGAGAACAGGACUUAAAAGCACAACAAAUACUCGCAAAUGUGCAGGCGCGCUUCAAUUCGGUGCAGGCCAAAUAUGAAACUCACAUUGCCGAUCUGGAGACACAGGUGCUAAGCCUACAGGAAAUCAAUACAAAACUAAACGAAAAGAUCGAGUCGCAAGUGCGCACUUUGGACUACUUCGUCUCCAAGAAAGCUGAGAAUUUCUACAACAAUUGCACGCAAACAGACGCGAAUCUUGUUGAGGUUGAAAAUGAGGCAGGGUGCAGCGGUGAUGUGACCAAGCGCGCCAGCUUAAACACGACGUUCAAUGCAAACAGCACCAGCGCCUGCUCCAAUGCCAACGCUAAUGCCAACAGCAGCAGCAACAGCAACAGCACAAUCGGCACACAAACAACCGAAACGAAGAACACGCGCGAUCAUAGCACCAAUACCAUUGGCACCUCCAGCGCCGUGCAUUCAGCUAGUUCAAGUACCAGUAGCACCGCCAAUUCAACGCCCAACACCUCACGGCCGAAUUCAAAACAAAGCGGCAUACGCAAACCACUAGCCACUGCAAUGGGUUCACUCGGCUCUGCUUUGGUCUCGAAACUGCCCGUCUCACAUUCGGAUUUGACCAUUUCCGCGCACCACGCAUACGCAGCGGCCAAGGAGGACGCGCACCUGCUGGCCACCAUACGAGGCAUGCGCGUUGAUUUGGCGAUGAAGGACAAAGCAAUGCAGCGAUUAACGCGCGAGUUGGAGGAAUGCAAGAAGACGAUAAAGAAGCUGCAACGCGAGAAAGAGGCACUUAAAUCAGAUAAAUCGCAGUGGAACAGCUAUACUUGCCUGAACAUUUCACGACGCAGUCACGAACCGCAGCAUCACAGUCAAGCGCAUAGCGAGCAAAUGCCAGCCACCACAGAGAGUCAAGCGCUGCGAGAAGCGCAAAACAAACUUAAGCUACUGGAAUCAGACUACAGAGUACUACACGAUAAGCGUUUAAGCGAUUUGAAAACGCUGCAAAGUGCCCAUGAACGUGAGUUGGCCUCGUGUCAUGAAACGGUGCGCGUCUUGCAGCAGCGCCUAAACGAACGCGAUGAAGCGUUUGCAACACAAAAGCGCCGAAAAUUACCAGUCGACUACUACGCGUUGAAAGCCAAGGUAUCGUCGUUGGAGCGGCGUCAUUCGGAGCGUGAGGAACGUUUGCGGAUGCUGGUAGACGCGCUGAGCAAAGGACGUCUGACAGGCGCCAUUGAAGAUCUGCUCGGCGACAACAAUAACCAGCGAAGUACCUAAAAGCGAGCAUAAAUGCAACCAAUCACUGCACAACAAUAAACAAAAACCCAUCAUUCAGCCUCAUAUUGACUUUUAGCUGCUCUUAAGCACCGUGUAAAUGAUGCUUACAUUAGAUUGCCCAUGACGCAAGUGAAAAAAUAAAUGCUCAGUAUUAAGCAUCAGUGCCGCCCGCCCAUGGUUGCGCGCGCCUCUACACAACGCCCACUUUUAAAGUACAACUUUUAGUUUUAGUUGUAAUAUUUUAAAAUUAAUUUAAGUCCUCAAGUUGGUGGUGAAAAAUGUGAAAUUCCGAAAUUCAGAAAUUCACCUGUUGCCAGUUUUUAAUUAACAAUGCAAUACUUUUAUUUUCAUAUAUCGCAAUGCGCAACAAUAAUUUGCCAUCCAAGCAAUUGAGAAAAUCGAGAAAAAGACGAAAUGCUGUAAACGCCCACGAGGCAUGAAUUUUAUUUAAGUAAAUAUUAUUAAGCGUUAUUUACAUCAACAAUUGCAAAUUGUCCAAAAAAUUAUUUUGCAAAAUAAACAGCAAUUAAAAAUUGUCCAUAAUGCGCUUGAAAGCAAAACCAAAUUCGACUGAAUUUUUACACAUUCCAAAAUACGCAUAGGAGGAAAUGCGUAACCCACUUGUAGGGUGCGUUGGAUUUUAAUUAGAUGUAGACUAGAUGUGUGUAUUGUAGUUAUAAACUUAAAAAAAAAAAAAAAAUAUUUUCUUAAAAUGCGAAUGUUGAUGUAAUCACUGCAGAACGUAAACUUGCAUAAAAAAUAGGUGCAUAAUU